AUGUACAAGGUACUGGAGCGCAUUAUCCUGGACCGACUCAUUAAACAUCGCGAACAACCAACGCGCGACGAGCAAGCUGGCUUUCGUCCUGGCCGAUCUACGAUAGAUCAGGUGUUCAUCGUCAGGAGAGUGAUCGAAAUCUGGCAGCGGUAUUCGAAGCCUAUGCAACUAGCGUUUCUGGACUUUGAAGCCGCGUUCAACUCUCCUCACCGAUUCCGCCAUCGACGAAAUUAUGCGAAGAACAGUCGACCAGUGUCCUGCCGACAUUGUCUUAGCACCAUAAGGAUGCCCUUGACUGACCUCGAGUACGCCGACGAUGUUGUUAUAUUCGCAGAAAGCAGUACGAAACUUCAACAUGUUGUCACGCUUGUAUCGAAGCUGGCUGCAGCCUACCGACUAGGCCUAUGCCUUGAUAAAUGCAAGCAGAUAUGA